UCUGUCGACAAUAUCCACAAAAUCUCAGAAAUUUGAAGUCUGUGCUAGCGCGCAUUCGAGUUUUACCCAGAUGACCAGAAAUAUAAAUUGGCACGCGUGGAACUGUAGAGUGUUGCCGUGUUGGCACAGCCGCUCUUUGCCGCCCCCAAAGCAAGAACAGUUUGGUUAGUUUAACUGCCUCAUCUACCCCAUUAACACACGCCUCGCCCAUUGCUUUCCAUCAGAGCUUCCUCUUCUUCACUGCGGUGGUGCCUGGUGGGCGAUCCGCGCUUCCCCCGUCGCCGGCGAGCUCAUGGCCCCCGCACCGCCGGAGGAUCUCCAAUGCGCGGCGAACGGCUACUGCGCCGCCCCGCCGGGGAAGGCCCCGGUGGCGCCGGCCGGAGGGGACGGCGAGCUCCGGUGGCUCCGGCGGUGCUUGGCGGCGGCCGGGAAGGGCUUCGCCAUCGGCGCGGGCCUCAAGGGCGGCCUCGCGCUCUUCUCCGUCCUCGUCCGCAUCCGCAGCCGCCGCUCCCCCAGAUCGAGGAAGGCGGGAGCGAUGACGAACGAGGAGGCGGUGGUGCUGGCGGUGAAGGAGACGGUGAGGUACGGCUUGUUCCUGGGGACCUUCGCCGGCAGCUACGUCUCCGUCGAUGAGUACAUCGCCGCCGUCUGGGGACGUAAGAGAACAGCAAGGUGGAGGUCACUCUUAGCUGGGUUGAUUGCUGGUCCUUCUAUGCUCCUGACUGGACCUGGAACUCAACAUACUAGUUUGGCUAUAUACAUUCUCAUGCGUGCAGCAGUACUUGCAUCCCGUUGUGGAAUAAAGAGCAAAAGAUUUGGAAAGAUCUGUAAACCUUUGACUUGGUCACAUGGUGAUAUCUUCCUUAUGUGCCUCGCAUCUGCACAAAUUUUGUCAGCGUACAUUUUAAAGCAGGACAGUUUGCCAUCAUCGUAUAAAUCAUUUCUAAAUAAGCAUGGUGGAAAAGAUCUUACUAUUUUGCAAGGUGUGAAAGAUAUAGUCAACCACACUGCUUUCACUAACUUAGCGGGUAUUGAGAAGCACUACAAAUCUGUUGGUGUUGACAUAAAGUUAGAUCCAAACAUGAAAGUGCCUUGCUCGAUUGUGCAUGGUAACCAAUCAUGUACAGGACAUGUCUUUUCAUUCUUGUUACAAGCAUAUGGAAGAGCAGUUCCUGUAUAUGUUCCAGUAUACUUAGUUCCAGCACUAGUAGUUCAUCGGCAGCACCUCAUGAAAAGACCUGACACAAUUUUAGGGAAGAGUCUUCUAGGGAUAGCAAGAUCUAGCCUGUUUCUCUCAGUAUACUGUGCAUCUGCAUGGGCUUGGACCUGCCUGCUUUUUAGAACCUUCCAGAGUGCAAAUACCCCUCUUGUUAUACUUGGCACGUUUCCAACAGGUUUGGCACUGUUUAUCGAGAAGAAGAGCAGAAGAAUUGAGAUAUCCCUGUACUGUCUUGCCAGAGCCAUCGAGAGCUUUUUCACAUGCAUGACCGAUGCAGGACUCUGCCCACCAAUACUGCAGAUAAAACGAGCAGAUGUAGUUGUGUUUAGCAUGGCCACCUCAAUCAUUAUGCAUUGCUAUGCGCAGGAAAGAGAAGUUUUCCGGUCCAAGUACCUGAAUGUGCUCGACUGGGUAUUUGGUGUGCCACCACCACUCGACAACGAGGGUAAGAGUUGCUAUCAACCAGAUGAAGCCAAAAAGUGCCAGUGAUAUGGUGGCUUGUAGAGUCCAUUACAUGUUUUUUGUAUCAUCUUGUGAUUGUAGCGGGACAGUAGACUCAUUAGAGGAUUUCUAGCUUACAGUGAGCCUUGUACAGGAGGCUCUUUGCAAGAAUCAGAAUUUAGUGGGUAUAGCAAAGUAGAUUUAUUCAA